GUAUUCGUGCAGCCCUACGGUGGUGGGUAUACAAUGAGCCGCUGCAGUCGCCGCGCUACGACCGAGCGUACCGCUCGCCCGGCCGCGCAGUCCGCGGACCUACGUGAUGUACCGAACUAUACGAACACAAUAAUACCAAAUAAAUAACACAACAAGUGCUAAUAAGUGAUAAAAUUAUACUAUAACAGUGAUAUACCCACGGUAACCAGUGACCAUGGGCACGAUGUUCAGGAGUGAGGAGAUGGUGCUGUGCCAGCUGUUCGUGCAGCCCGAGGCGGCAUACGUCUCCAUGUAUGAACUCGGAGAGGCUGGGAUUGCACAGUUUAGAGAUUUAAACCCUCACGUGAAUGACUUCCAACGCCGCUACGUCAGUGAAGUCCGGCGAUGCAGCGAGAUGGAGCGCAAGUUGCGCUGGGUGGCCGGCGAGCUGCCCGAGCCACCGCCUCCGGCGAAACCUGAACGCUGUAGUUUGAGCCCUCGAGAGAUCAACAUAUUGGAGGAAAGAAUCGACUUCAUAGAAUCAGAGAUACAGGAGAUAACAAGAAACGCAAGGAACUUGAAGAGUGACUAUUUAGCUCUAAUAGAACUGAGGACUCUGAUAGAGAAGAUGCAGACCUUCUUCCAAGACCACAGUGCACAACGGAAGAUUUCUGCGUCCGUACAAAUAUACAACAAUGACGCGGUGUUAGGACAUCUUGGCUUCAUAGCUGGAGUGGUGACCACGGCAAGGAUACCGGCGUUUGAAAAGAUGCUUUGGAGGAUAUCGCAUGGAAACAUCUUCUUUAAACAGGCGCAAAUUGAUGAGCCUUUGAAGGAUCCUAUCACGGGUCAUGCGCUUCAGAAGACAGUGUUCGUAGUCUUCUUCCACGGAGAGCAAAUCAAGCUUCGUGUGAAAAAGGUCUGCCAUGGUUUCAAGGCCACCCUGUACCCAUGUCCCGCGACGUAUAAAGACCAGCUGGACAUGUUAGCUGGAGUUGGAACCAGGAUCAAGGAUUUAGAAAUGGUAUUGGAGCAAACGGAGAAUCACCGUCGCCUGGUCCUCACAAACAUUGCCCGAGACAUCAGCACCUGGAUGGUAGCUGUCCGGAAGGAGAAGGCCAUCUACCACACCCUGAACAUGUUCAGCAUGGACAUCGUCAAGAAGUGCCUUAUUGCUGAGUGCUGGGUUCCGAGGAGAGACCUCACUGCUGUUCAGAAAGCGUUGGAGAAUGGAGUGAAAGCAAGUGGAAGUCCAAUCCCAUCGAUCCUGCACUACGUACCAACCAAUGAGACACCACCGACAUUCAAUAGGACCAAUAAGUUCACGCGAGGUUUCCAGAACCUGAUUGAUUCCUAUGGAAUCGCCAGCUACAGAGAAGUUAAUCCAGCUUUGUACACAAUCAUAACAUUCCCGUUCCUGUUCGCUGUGAUGUUCGGGGACGUCGGCCACGGGAUCAUCAUGGCGGCCUUCGCAGCCAUCCUAGUCAUUUACGAGAAGAAGUUCUUAAAGAUUAAGACAGACAACGAAAUAUGGAACAUUUUCUUUGGAGGACGAUACAUUAUACUGCUAAUGGGAAUAUUUUCUAUAUACACCGGUUUGAUAUAUAACGAUAUGUUUUCGAAAUCUCUGAAUAUAUUUGGGAGCAGUUGGCGGAAUGUGUAUGAAGAUGGGGUUCUCCGCAAUCAUACUAUGUUAGAGUUAGACCCGAAGACAGCGUAUACACAGACUCCUUAUCCAUUUGGCUUGGACCCAGCGUGGCAGUUCGCCUCGAACAACAUAAUAUUCCUAAACUCAUUCAAGAUGAAACUGUCCAUAAUAUUCGGCGUGAUCCAUAUGGCGUUCGGUGUAACUAUGAGUGUGGUAAACUUCAACUUCUUCAGGAAGCCGGAGAUGAUAUUCCUGCAGUACAUACCGCAGAUACUGUUCCUACUGCUUUUGUUUUGGUAUCUUUGUUUGCUGAUGUUUAUGAAGUGGAUCAUGUAUUCGGCUGUUGCGGAAGAUCCAGCACUAGGCACAUCGUGCGCCCCUUCAGUGCUAAUCAUCUUCAUCAAUAUGAUGCUUAUGAAGAGUUCUGAAGACAAGCCACCGUGCCGUGCAAUGAUGUACGCUGGUCAAAAUGAGGUGCAAAGAACGUUCUUAGCGAUUGCCUUCCUCUGUAUACCCAUCAUGCUCUUUGGGAAGCCAGUCUAUAAAGCGUUUUUGGCUAAGAAACGAAAGCAAUACCAGCAAGGUGUUGAAACGGGUGACGAGGUCGCAGAGAAGGAAGGUCACGAUGGUGGAAUAGCAGAAGAGCUGAUCACUCAAUGCAUCCACACUAUUGAGUACGUGCUGGGUGCUGUGUCCCAUACUGCAUCGUACUUGCGACUGUGGGCGCUGUCACUCGCUCAUGCGCAGCUCUCAGCAGUGCUAUGGCAGCGUGUCCUGAUAAUGGGCAUGGGUCCGCCCGGAGUGACUUCCAUAAAGCUGUACAUCAUAUUCGCUGUGUGGGCCUUCUUCACACUAGCCAUCCUGGUGCUCAUGGAGGGCCUGUCUGCCUUCCUGCAUACACUGCGGUUACACUGGGUGGAAUUCAUGAGCAAGUUCUACGACGGUCAAGGGUAUGCCUUCACGCCGUUCUGCUUCACUGACAUCCUGGAGAACGAGGAAGAUGACCAUAAACCAGCCACGGAGACCAAUGGAGGCCCGCCCGAGUGACCACAAGACUAAUUAGUAUAAGUAGCCAAAGGUAGCACCUGGCAGGGUGCGCGGCUAUGCUGAUGAUGUUGAAACUAGAUUUAUGUCAGUCGCGUUACUAGACAUUUUAAGGGACUGCAGUAGUGAUGAUAUUUCCACACAAAUAGUGCCUUCCUCAUAUUUCAAUGGUGCAUAAGUUAGUUAUUAAAUACGGUGUUGCUUUUAAAUCAUGAGAUCCAGAUGCUCAUGCUUGUCUAAAAUUGUAAGAUAAUUAUUAUUUCUUAACACGGUAUCAUGUAUUUAUGAUGACAUGAUGGGAUAAGAUUGCUAAAAUCUUUAAUUUUGACAAGAAAUUGUAUGAUAAAAUAUGUAAAGGAAAAAUGAAUUGUUUACUAGCGAAGAUAAGGAUGAUAUUCCAUUGGGGAUGGAGAUUAAUUCUGACCGAAAUCCGAAUGAUCCACCACAUGAACUUUCACCACGUUUCUAAAUGAUAAUAAUAUUUUAAGUGUGUCAUCAUAUUUUAGACAAUUUUUCUAAUGAUAUUAUGAAAGGUAAACAAUUUACCUAAGUGCCUUAAAACAACUAUUUGAGAUCUAACAAAUAAUUAAAAAAAAAUUGAGGAAGACUUUCUUGAACGCGACUGACAUCUAUUUUCAGCCUUUAAAAUAAAUUCGCAAAUAUCAUUUUACGUACAAACGAAAUCUUAGAUUACAUAGAUAUUAGAAUUUUGUAGUCUUUCUGAAUUUGUUGCUAGAUUUUUCAGAAUUGUAAGUAGACUAAGAAAUGAAAAUUUUAUGACAGAAUGAAAUGGAUACGACAUGGUACGCAUUUGAAGACAAAGCUAGAAAAUCGUAAAACUGGAGAUCCAUUGAAACCAAACUGAUCAAAUAAUAAUUAUUGUAUCUUCCUCACACAUUUACGUUUACUUGGAUAAUUAUGGCAAACUUUAUGAAAUAUUCUUACGAUUAAAAAAGUACUACAAAUCCUCUUACUCUUUCUUACGGGAUGAAGCAAGUUACUAUGUAGUUGAGAACCUGAGAGCACCACCUAGUACGAAUCUUAUUUAUCAUUGUCAAAUCUUACAUAAUAUAUAACACGUUAAUAUAGAAAACACUUAUCGAAUGAAGUUCAAUUUCUAUGGAAUCCAGUUUUACAAUAGGUACAUACAAUUUUGGAAUUGACAUCAAAAGUCUUCGUAGUAUUUGUCUCCAAAUACAUAAAGUGUUAUUGUACAAAUGAAUGGAACCACUCGCAUGUCCGAAAUAUCAUUUUCGGAGUCUUUUAGUACAAAUUCGGAUCAAAAGACAUCGACUAAUGAAUUGUGACGUCGUGUGACAAAAUGGCGCGAUAGUAUGACAUGAUAUUUUUAUUAUUGUGAUAGUAUUCACAUUAUAAUACGAAUCACAAUGUAAUGUUUUAAAUAUUUAACUUUAGAUUAAGCGAAAUGAUAUAUUUUUGUUUGUUUUAAAAUAUUGUUUUACACGCGCUCACUGUCAGUCACAAAUAGAGACGGGCGCAACAUUUAUCGAUAGUUGAGAAUAAAAUAUAGUUCAAGGUAAAAUAACAUCGCUGGUUGAGACAUGUUGUUCUAAAUUCAAACUGUCACGUCGAUCCACAUAGUGAGCGCGUGUAAACAACUAUUGUUGUAAUACUAUUUUUAGCCAAAGAUACGUUUUCUUUUAAAUUAUAUCGCAUGUUUGUGAAGCAAUCGUUUCUCGUGUAAAUAUUAUUAUAGUGCCUUCUAAACUAGCGAACUAUUAAGUAUUCACUCUUUUAAUUAUAUAAGGAAUGUUCCAUCUUUAUAAUGUUUAGUAAAAUCGCAUGUAUAGUGAUAUAAUUUUUAGUCGAGAUGUUUAACUACCUGAUUAAUUAGUCGAUUGUAAAAUGCAACGAAUGUUAAUCGAUUGUCGAUUACCCAGUCAGCUAGUUGUUACAUCUCUCGUUAGUCACUUUGUUCAUAUUACUGAAAUAAACUAAUAUUACUUUUAUUAUAUUUAAAUAAUGGAUAUUAAACAUUUUGCCAUUGUUUUAGACUCAGGCUGUUGAAUGUAAAACCAAAUUAUUUAUUUUAUUAAUCAUGUUGUAGUUGAAAAUUAUAUUUUCUUGUUAGUUAUUUUUUAUUUUGUUACUAACUUAAUGGACCAAUUUGUGGCCUUAAUAAUUUAUGAGACAUAUCAAGAAAUGAGUGAAAUCAAACUCUACUGUAUCAAACUUCGUAUAAGAACUUUAUUAAAAUUCAUAUCUACACGUUAUCCAACGGCACGGUACAGCUACAUUUUACACUGAAAUAUUUACGCAGACAGACAGACAAAUUAUCAACUACACUAUUUUACGCCAUUCCUCAAUAAACAGAUUUUGACCAUUA